AGUGGGCGGGAUGUUCACUGGGCUGUAGUUCCGUCAUCCAGCUCAUCUCCGGGGCUACAGGGGGCCAAUGUUGAUUUGGGCUAAUUCUCGUCGUUGUAGGUGAACAUUAGAGGUUUAAAAGCCUCGGGUUGCUAGCACGAAUCCUUUCGAUUGAGAAGACCGCAUAGCCGCCCUGCCCGUCGCUGUUUAUUUUAUUUUAUUUCAUCUCUAUUGGGGAGACUGGACUGACGGUGGGAAGCCAGGGGGCCUCGAUCGGAGGGGGCUACAAGGAGUCCGAGGAGAAGACUGGCUCCUCCGCGACCCGGGAUUGUCGCUCGAUAUCGGUUUGGUAAAGCGAGGAGCGGCUGCACCCUCGCGGCACCAUCAGCGGACAGCCUCUUCAAGAUCAACACCACGUUUGGAUUUAGGAAAUACUGUCUCGUCCUAAUCGACCUGCUUGGUGGAACCUGAGAGCGACUCAUCGCCCGUUGACAGGUUGUCAUCAUGGGCAACGCGCCCACGGCCAGGAAGGGCAGCGAGAUGGAAAGCGUCAAGGAGUUCCUUGCUAAGGCCAAAGAGGACUUCCUGAAGAAAUGGGAGAGCCCUGAACAGAACACUGCUUGCCUGGAGCAGUUUGAGAGGUUGAAAACUCUGGGCACGGGCUCAUUUGGUCGUGUUAUGCUGGUAAGGCACAGAGAAACGGGACAGCAUUACGCCAUGAAGAUCCUCAACAAGCAGAAGGUGGUGAAGCUGAAGCAGAUAGAGCACACUCUGAAUGAAAAGAGAAUUCUUCAGGCCGUCAACUUUCCUUUUCUCGUGCGAUUAGAGUACUCGUUCAAGGACAACACUAACCUCUACAUGGUGAUGGAGUAUGUGCCAGGUGGAGAGAUGUUUUCCCAUCUACGAAGAAUUGGCAGAUUUAGUGAGCCUCAUGCUCGGUUCUACGCUGCUCAAAUUGUUCUGACCUUUGAGUACCUGCAUGCUUUGGACUUGAUCUACAGAGAUCUCAAACCGGAAAACCUUCUCAUAGAUCAACAGGGCUACAUACAGGUGACAGAUUUUGGCUUUGCCAAACGUGUAAAGGGCAGGACCUGGACACUCUGUGGCACCCCAGAAUAUCUGGCCCCUGAAAUUAUCCUUAGCAAGGGAUAUAACAAGGCAGUGGACUGGUGGGCGCUGGGCGUACUGGUCUACGAGAUGGCAGCUGGGUACCCCCCUUUCUUUGCCGACCAGCCUAUUCAGAUCUAUGAGAAGAUUGUAUCGGGAAAGGUACGUUUCCCGUCUCACUUCAGCUCCGACCUGAAGGAUCUCCUGAGGAACCUGCUACAGGUUGAUCUCACUAAACGCUACGGGAACCUCAAGAACGGUGUCAAUGACAUUAAAGGACACAAGUGGUUUUCAACUACAGACUGGAUUGCCAUUUACCAGAAAAAAGUGGAAGCUCCUUUCGUUCCCAAGUUUAAGGGGCCAGGCGACACCAGCAACUUUGACGACUACGAAGAGGAGGAGAUCCGCAUUUCCUUCAAUGAGAAAUGUGCCAAGGAGUUUGCCGAGUUCUAGAGAGUACACGUGAGUGAGUGAAUGAGGGAGGGAGUCGAUAAGGAAGAUGGGGCAGUGGGAGCUAGGCUGGUCAAGUGGGAGUUGUAAGGGGGAGCCUUACCGUCUCCUGUCACAAUCACAAGCACCAGCUGCAAAAAGAGGGAAAAGGAAUCGAGCGAGGAGAAUGAUAACCAGCAGUGUUGCCUUUGUCUGUUCUACUUUCUUUCUGAUUCUGUCUCAUGUUUGGAUCCCUUUAUAAUGAAGGUGUGCUUCGGAUUCAUGGAUUGGGCAACCCCUCUCGUUGAGAAUUUCCUCUUUGCUGGUAUGCUUUCAUCUUUCACGUUUAAGGCCCAAAAGAGGCGAGUCCCUUUGUUAGAAUCAACUGUUUCAUUUGUUCGUCAUACGCGAGGACCACUGGAACUGGACCAGCUAAAAGUCUGCACUGAAUUUUUCAAUUCACAUUGGGAAUUGGUUGAUAUGCUCUUCAUCUAGUGAGCAGUAGAAGUUUCAAAGUAAACGCUCAAAUCAGACACGCACAGAUACAUGUACGGCUUGAGAGGUUUUGGUUUUGCAACGUUUUUUUUUUUUCCUCUCUCUCGAGAAACGCCAUACUCCAUGUUGUAGGCAGCAUACUGUAUGUCAAAGUCACCAGUGUCAUAUCGUAAACCGUAUGAUGCAUUGAAGACAGAAGUCACUCUUGAUGACUGUGUGUGUGUGUGUCAGUGUUAGUCUCAUUGCAACAUAGCAACUUUAUCCAUCUCCAUGGCAACGUUUAAAUGUGAUAUCAUGUCACACUAACUAACACAACGACAUGGACAAGGGAAUGGACAAGCACUGUUUCGUGAAGGAACACUUAAUGUUACAUAAUAGUAUCUCAGGUUUGAACAUAUCACUCAGUUGGGGACAUUGGAUAAACAUAGCUUGCAUGGAAAUGGAAA